GCGUCAUUGGCCAGUGUCACGGCCAUCACUUGGACCGUGGAUAACGAUUCAUCGUGCAGACCUAUGGCAGCGCAGGAAGGACAGAAGGGGGAGGGCGGAAUAUAUGAGGCGGACUUGACUCCAUUUGUAUUAAACGGUCGAAGAGAAAGGGCUCGAAUCAGAGCUUCACAGAUACUUGGAUGAAGGUUCGCCAUGAGGAAUCAGAGCAGAGAGAAGGCGCAUCCGCUCUAGCCGCGCGUGGAGCGCGAGCCGCGCGCUCUUCCGCGCAAAGAGACGGAUGCAGAAAAUCAGCUGAGGGAUUAAUCCAAACUCUGGACACUUUGUGGAUUAUUGUGACCAACGGUGGAAAAAAUAAACAACGCGUUUUUCCAAAUAGAGGCCACCCCCCACACAACACCCCGACGCAAAAUAGGUGAGCAGCGUUGAGUGGAACCAGGAUGAGCGUGUUUUCUGCAGGGAGCGCGGAGCUGUGAGUGGGACAUGGCAAACGGAGGGGAGCAGUUCGGCCUGGCAGAGCACCCGGACCCGGGCUGCGUGGAUUCUCCAGAAGAACCCAAACAGGAAAAUCCCAGCCUCACUUUAAGCAAUUCACCACAGACAGCCUCCAGCCAACAAGGAAUGGGAUCAAUCAAAGUUGUCCUUCAUGACAGGGAACUCUGGACCAAGUUUGAUGAAGUGGGGACUGAGAUGAUCAUCACCAAGGCCGGAAGGAGGAUGUUCCCCAGUUACAAAGUCAAAGUCAUAGGGCUCAACCCCAAAACCAAGUACAUCCUUCUGAUGGACAUCGUGCCCGGGGAUGACCAUCGCUACAAAUUUGCAGACAACAAAUGGUCCAUCACGGGAAAGGCAGAGCCCGCCAUGCCCGGCAGGCUGUACGUCCAUCCGGACUCCCCGGCCACUGGAGCGCACUGGAGCCGCCAGCUUGUUUCCUUUCAGAAGCUCAAACUCACCAACAAUCACCUGGAUCCCUUUGGACACAUAAUACUGAACUCCAUGCACAAAUACCAGCCUCGUCUCCAUAUCGUCAAGGCAGACGAAAACAAUGGGUUUGGCUCAAAAAACACCGCCUUCUGCACCCACGUCUUCCCUGAGACGGCCUUUAUAGCUGUGACAUCCUAUCAGAACCACAAGAUCACACAGUUGAAGAUAGAGAACAAUCCUUUUGCUAAAGGCUUCAGAGGCAGUGAUGACAAUGAGCUGCACCGCAUGGCCAAGCUUCAAGGAAAGGAUUACCCUGUGGUUCCUCGCAGCACUGUCCGUCAGAGAUCCUGCUCCACAGGGAUCCUCUCAAGUGGGGAGAGUCAGGCUCUGCGGGGCUCCCCGGAGACUGCUGGGUCCCCCUACAGCUGUGAGAACAGCUUGAACAGUACCAGUCCUCAGGAGCUGCUGGGCGCUCCACCCACACACUACACCCUGCCUCAUCCACACCUGCAGCCCGGCCAGCAGCCACAAGCUUACAACUGCAGCAAGAGGAAAGCAGAAGAGAACUGCUCAUCAAGAAACCUCCAACACGCAUACAAGAAAACCUUUAAUUCUGGCUCACCAAGUGGGAAUGAAUCUUACUGUCACCCUUCCUCCUAUCCUCCUCCUCCUCCUCCAUCUGGCAUAUCCAGUAGUCCUGCCCUGUGUCUCACAGACUCUCCGUACAGCUCAGAUAUGGGACAGCGCCAGGCAUGCAUGUUUGCGAGUCCACAGCCCAGAAUAGACGAACUUAACUGUGCGUCCUGGUCCUACUCCUGCCCACUCACCACCGCCAUGACCCCCAUGGAGCCCUACCCACCUUACACCCCUCAUCCUUCCUACAGCUCCAGCCCUCAGGGCUCUCGACUCAGUGCCACGACCCAUCAAAGCUCUCCACCACUAGGGGAGCAUAUGGGCCACGACCCUUACCAAAGCUCUGGACCUUCCCCUCAGAGCUCCCAGAACAUUUACAACAGGCAGCUUAGCUCUUCUCUCAGAGAAUAUCCUCGCUACACGGCCAACCUCUCACCGCCUCUGUAUCACACCCUGGAGACCCACACACACAUCAGGUGUGGAGUCCCAGAAUGGAGUGCAGCCUCCUAACCCGAUCACAGGACAAACUUUACCUCAAUCGAAAUCCUCUCUCCUCUUUUCCUGCUCCUCUGGCUGAUGCUGCACUCUGGAUGGAGGAAGUGCUGUAAAACUUUUGUAAAGUUCUUGUGAAAAGUGUGACCCUGUGCCGUGUGAAGAGGUUUCAUCUGUUUAUAAUGUUUCUCUGCUCCUGCAAGAGCACUGGAUCAUUGAAGACUGGACCCAGAAAGAAUGGAUGCUCCUAAUGGUCAGUAAAUAAUUGCUGCUUAAAGACCCACUCCAAUGAAAAACGUAUUUUUAACAUGUUCUUGUGACAUUCUUCCACACAUAUUAAGAAAAUUAAGCUUAUAAUUACAUUUCUGAGUAUUUCUUUGUUGUAAAUCAGAAGCAGACAAAAAAAAAUGCACUUUGAAAAAGUUUGUUUCAGUCAUGUAGGUGCUACGGUUAGUGGGUUACAAGCUCCCUGCUUUGCUCCAUUCCGAUGCAUCCACUUGUAGACGACUACAUCAAUGUACGUCUUAGUUUUCCUUGUCCGGGCUGGCAUUUGGCUCAAAACUGUACAGCUAGAUAGCUCCUGUAUUCCUCGCCAUUUUUGUUGCACCGUCAAUGUUAUGAUCAGGGGCAGACUUACUAUUAGGCAAAGGUAGGCGAAUGCCUAGGGCCACCAAUGCUGUGGGAAACCCAAUCUGAACACAUAAAAAAAUUCUUGAAUAUUUUCCACACCCCUUAUUAUCUAACUUUGUCAUAAAAAAACCCAAAUUACUGAAAUGAUUGCGCAUGUGAAAUUUUUUUUUCCUCCCCCGUCCCUGUAUAGAAAUGAACUAUACCAUCAACAGUAAGUUAUACAUUUCUUUAGGAUUUAAAUGUGAUUUUACCCAUUAAAUUCACAUGGAAACAUUUGAAAUCGUGACAUUGACGAUGUUUAAAAAUGGACCAGUAAAUAACUUAUGCAAUGGACUUAUUUUUUAAACAAAUUAUUAGUACAAACGCUGCAAAGGACCCAAUGUUAUUGUUUGCCUAGGGCCCCCAAACUGCUAAGUCUGCCACUGGUUAUGUUGAGAGGCUGUAAGCAGAUAGAUGAUAGGAAAUGGGGGCAGGUUUGUGGUUCUAUCCACAACUCAGAGGCAAAUUUCAAAUGAACUAAUGCUGCUCUGCAGGAAACUUUAUAGUUUUUUUUUUCUUAUUUUGGCUACAACUGGCAUAAUCAUAUUUGAAAAAAAAAACAAACUCUUGGAAUACUUUAAUGAUACAUCAAAAGGUGAUUGGAGUGGGUCUUCAAAGUAUCACUAACAUUAGUAUUGUAUUUUAUCCUCUUUGCAAAACUCUGUGACUUGUGUCAUUCAAAUGUUUGCACUUUGAGUCCUUUUUAGGCCCUACCAUGAACCGCUGUUUUCCUGUCCAUCUUCCUCGAUUUAUGCGUUAUGAAGGAUGUAAAUUGUGACCACUGUCAGACAGUCAGUAACAUUUACCGACCAAAAUAAUCUCAGCUCUCACAACAGAGCCCAAGGGAGACAUGUUUCUCAUUAUUGGAGCAAAGCACAGCUCCCUGCUCAGUCUCAGUGCAGGAGAAACAACGUGUGUGUGUGUCUGUGUGCCCGUGUAAAUGCAAAACCGAUGUCAAGUCAGCUCAGUGAUGCUAUGAGUUAAUUUCCACCGAAACAGGCAGUGGUAGCUGCAGGCGGGGCACCACUGAGAUAAACAGUUUGUUUAAACCGCGCUACAGGCUCAAGGACCUGUAAACACUGUUCGCAUUGCAUUCUGGGUAAGUGCACAAUCCAGAGUCACACAGCUGUUACGACUGUCCUCUCAGUCACCCCCAUCCGACCAAUCAGCUUCCUCUGUCCUCUGACAGGUGGCCAAUGAGCAUGCAGCUCUCCGACAUGACGGACUGCGCAGUGUUUGUGAAUUGGCCCAUUUUUUGUUUGUUUGUGAAUUAUUCAUGAGUCUGGUGUUAAAAAGAGUUUAGCCAAUGCGUUUUUCCAUGUUGUCGGUUUUGUAAACAUGACUCAAGCUGAGAGUUCAUUUCAUGAAAUCGUUCUUAUGUUUCUCCUUAAAUGCUCCAGCGACUUGCCAUAUGAGAGAAAAGGUCAUCAUUCCUUUAUUUAAAUUAGAUUUUUGUGUGUGUGGAUGUUUGUGCCUCUGCAAAUCAAGGGUGGUUUUAUUGUUUUUUUUUAGAAUUAUUUCUGUUACCAGUAUUUAUCACUGUACAAUUGUAAAUACUAGUUUGUUGUUAAGACGGUUGUUUCGCUGUGAGAGUUUGUCUCCAGUUUUAUCCUCCAUCCCAAAGUGGUGAUGAAAAUUGUAAUAAAAAAAAUCCCUACUUUUCUGUUAAAUAAAAAUUUAUUAACAGAGUCGGAAUAAAUUUUUUUCAAGAGAAUGUCAAUUGAUUGUUGCGUGGUUCUUCUCUGACAAACCAUUAACAUUCCCGGGGGGUUAUUUAAAGUAUCUGUAGAAGGUCUGGUGUGGAAGGUCUUUUAAGUGGAGUCCACUUUAUCAAGUUGAAUGCAUGUACAAAUAUGAGGGACCUGAUAACGAGUGAAGUCUCGUUCAGCAGGUCGUACUGACGCUUUCUAAGCUUAAGUGUCGGAGCCCAACUGUUCCAACUCCUUGGUCAUCAGUGAAAGCUCCAGAGCGGUUUGUGUGCUCUCCACAUACCUUGUCCGCCUCCUCUUAUCUCUGACAGGUUGUUUGGCAUCCUAAGUCUCCACCAGCUGGACCGCUUCAAUGACAACCUGCUGCCCAGCGAGGGGAGGGGUUUUUAGGGAUAGUGGACAAAUGACUCUUCUCCAGAGCACCCUCAUGCAUACUUCACAACUUCAACAUUUAUUUUUUAAAAUUAAACCUGUGCAUAAAAGUGUGUUUUUUUCUCUUUUGACUUUUCACCUUAAAUAUUUGCAUUCCAUCACACAGCUUUAGAUGGUCUACCUUUUUCUUUCUUCCUUUCUGUCUGUCUCUCAUGCACCAUUAGGUCAGAGGUUAAGCAGGC